AUGGCCAGCCUAGCCAUGAAAGCAAUCGGUGGAAAGCUAUCUUCAAAUUUUUCCAGCAGUAAUAUUGAUCUUACUCCAUUUUACAUUUGGAACAAAAAAUCCUGUUUUAAUAUAAAGUCAGAUUAAUUUUUUUAAAAUAAAUUCAAAUUUUCCUCUAUAAUUUUUUUUUUUAUUUUUAAGAUCUUAAAAAAUAUAAAUUUAGUUCAAAUCUUUGAAUUUUAUUUAAUUUUAUAAAAAAUUAAAUAAAAAUUAAUUGAUUCAGUGUGAAAACAUUUUAAAUAGCAUGCUACUUGCAUUUCGUCUAUUAAAUUAGGUCAAAACUAAUUUUAUAAAAAUAGGUGUUUUUAUCUUUAAUUUUUUUGUAUAAUAAAAUUGUUUCUAUCUAUCUAUAUAAAAUUUUUCCCAUUGAAAAGAAAGUUUUGUUCCAAUUUAAAGGGGUUAAAGUACCCAAAAAAUGCAAAUUUUAUUGAUGUUUUGCUCCAAUUUAAAUGGGAGGAGUUAGCAAUAUCCGAGCACAAUAGUCACAUUGACUGGCACGACUACAAUUUCCCACCCUGUCUCAAACUAAUUCAUUUCAAAUUAAGCGAUUUCCAAGGAACUGAAAAAGCAUUAAUCAAAAAGCUUUACAUUAGCUGAAUUCUGCUAACAGUUGUUUUAUUCAAAAACGUCAUAACUACUAUUGUCCUUUCAAGCACAGUUCUACCAGGAAUAAAUAUUCUUUUCACAUUUCUAAAUUUGAUAAUUGGAAUGACUCUUGGGACUUUUACCUUCUUCUGGGGUUACUAUGGAGUUGCCAAAAGAGAUAGCAGCCAUCUCAGGAAGUUCAAAAUUGGAGCUGUCAUAUUAGUUAUUUUGUAUAUUUUGGCGAGCUGCUUGCCAUAUGGCGCUUUUGACGGAUGGGCUAGAAUUCCAAUAUUAGAAGACAAGUCAGGGAGAGCAGCUGAAUAUGGGAUAGUUAUGUGUGUGAUGGAAUCAUUUGUAUAUACAAUUAAUGCAGGGCUGCUUUCUUAUUGUAUUUAUUUAGUUCAAACUGAUGCUGUAUUUUUUAUUUAGUAUGAGGAUGAUGCUAGGAGUUUCACAAAUCAAAAUUAA